AUGUCAGAAUCAAGUUUGGAUUUGUUGCGCAUUCAGGAGCAUCCCAUUCGAGUUGAGGAGGCAAUUCAAUUUGUUACAGCACCUACCACAGGCGGCACUUCUGUUUUUGUUGGUACAACACGAGAUACGUUCGACGGCAAGAGAGUGGUUCAACUGGAAUAUGAAGCGUAUGAAGAGAUGGCCAUCAAGGAAAUGCAUCGUGUUUGUGAGAUGAUUAGAGAGAAGUUUCCGAGUGUACGUCGCGCAGCAAUUAUUCAUCGAACAGGAGUAGUUCCGGUUGGCGAAUCAUCGGUGGUGAUUGCGGUAAGUGCACCGCAUCGACGGGACGCCAUACGUGGCAAUGAAAUGGCAAUUGAUCUGCUCAAAAGACGGGUACCAAUCUGGAAAAAGGUCUCAUCAGAAUUGUUCACUUGCUUCCAUCAGAACGGUUAG